AUGAGGGACCUCGAGUUUAACAUUAAGGGCAUGGUGUCCGCCCAUGCUAUCAUAGCUUCCUCCAUCUUCAUUGCGACGCUAAUGCCGCAUUUCUUCGCGGAGAAGUACUCUGUGAUCGGAACUCAUUUGGUCUGGUUGUAUUCCGUGUCUGGAUCAGUGGUCGUCGUUAACAUCACCAUCUUCUGGCUGCUGGGCAUCAGUCCGCCCCCCAAGAAGCACACGUUGAGUUACAAGGUGUCCAAGGUCGUCCGAUCCUGUCUGCACUUUAUUGCCUCGUGCUUGUUUUUCCAUGUUGUGCUGGUUCUUUAUGGUGCAACCGUACUGGAGUCAGCGCUGGAGACCUUCUCCCUGGCUGUCCUGCUGUCCUCCUUCACCACGCUCAGGUGUCUGUGUGUGCUGGGCCCGAACGUGCAGGCCUGGAUCCGGGUCUUCAGCCGCGAAGGGGCCAUGUCAAUCUGGGAUACCUCUCUCCAGAUAACCACAGCCUGCACGGUGAUCGGAACCUGGGUGGGAGCUUUCCCCAUCCCUCUGGACUGGGACCGACCCUGGCAGGUGUGGCCCAUUUCCUGCUCCUUGGGGGCCACUUUUGGGUUCCUGACGGGCCUCAUCAUUGCCCCUGGCUGGAUCUACUGGCACCGUAAGCAGCUGACCUACAAGUGCAAGUAGAUGGGUGCGAAGCAAGCGCAGAGAGGUGCACUGAACCCCAAACGCAACGGGACGUUCCACUGUGGUGUUGGAAACCGAAGAGGACUUUGAAACUCAAAGCCAAAAUUCCAUUAUGCAAAUACUGGCAAAAAGAACAUAUAUUUUUGGCCUACAUUUAAGAGAAGCAUAACUGCAAUUUUUUGUUACAUAUUUAUACGGCUUUGUAAAUCUGGAAGGUAUUGGGAAUCUUUUAACAGAGCUGUUCAAAGGGCUGUGUGUUUGUGUGUGUUUUUUUUUUUUUUUUAAACGGUGUAGGUAAGAAUAAUGGGACAUUAAUAAAAAUAGUGAUUAUAAAUGUUGUUUCUGAGGGAAAUAAAAGUCUUCGGUACGGUG